AAGAAAACAAACCAAUGAAUCAAGAUCAUCAUCAUCAUCAAUAAUAUAAUUAUGGAAAUAUAAGCUCUAAAGUAUACAUACAGUAUUCUUAUUACAACUCGAGAUUUUUUCCAUCUCUUUCUGAGGACGACUUCUACAUACAUACAUUACACACAAACCUCUGUACUUUCUACUGUAGUAAUACGCUUUUGAUACAUGCCAAAUGCUCUGUAGAAUUGCACAUAUAAUUUGGUUCGACCUAGUGCUUGACGUUUGAAGGUGGGCACUUUUUGGAUCAAUGAAGAGUAUAUAUCACAGCGCCUUUUUCAAGAAGUCAAAUGAUAAAGGGAGAAUUAUUUUAACUGCAGUCAUGGGAAUGAUCUUAGGAUAUUUCAUUGGUGUUUCUUUUCCAUAUAUGUCUUUUACUAAGAUUAAUUUGCACCCAAACAUUCGUUCACCAUUUGAUUCAACAAUGCACGAGGAUCAUCAGUCUAAACCUCUUGAACGAAGUUUCCCUGAAAAUCUCGGUUCAUCCAAUACACCUGAACCUCCUAAGGUUUAUGUUUCAACGAAUCCGCGUGGAGCUGAGUCAUUACCUCCAGCAAUUGUAGUUUCAGAGACUGAUUUUUAUCUGAGAAGAUUAUGGGGUGACCCCUCUGAGGAUCUGAAGCAUAAGCCAAGGUAUUUGGUAACUUUCACCGUCGGUUGGGAUCAGAGAAAUAAUAUUGACGCAGCAGUUAAAAAGUUUUCCGAUGAUUUCCAAGUGGUGCUUUUUCAUUAUGAUGGCCGAACCACAGAAUGGGAUCAAUAUGAUUGGUCAAAACAGGCGAUUCAUGUCAGUGUAAGGAAGCAAACCAAAUGGUGGUAUGCAAAGAGAUUUUUGCAUCCAGACAUUGUAUCGGCUUAUGAUUAUAUUUUCGUUUGGGAUGAAGAUCUUGGUGUGGAGCACUUUAAUGGAGACAACUACAUACAAUUAAUCAAGAAACAUAGAUUGGAGAUUUCUCAGCCUGGCCUUGAACCCAACGAGGGAUUAACAUGGGAAAUGACAAAGAUGAGAGGUGAUAAAGAAGUUCACAAGGUUACAGAUGAGAAACCAGGAUGGUGCAGUGAUCAGCAUCUUCCUCCGUGUGCGGCAUUUGUGGAAAUUAUGGCUCCCGUGUUUUCUCGAGAUGCUUGGCGGUGUGUGUGGUAUAUGAUUCAGAAUGAUUUGGUGCAUGGAUGGGGCUUGGAUUUUGCACUUAGAAGAUGUGUGGAGCCUGCACAUGAAAGAAUUGGUGUGAUUGAUUCACAAUGGAUUGUGCAUCAACAUAUUCCAACACUCGGGGGCAAGGGUGAGCAUGAUAAGGGCAAAGAUCCUCGAGACAGCGUAAAAGCUAGGUGCAAAAGCGAGUGGGCUAUAUUCCAAGACCGACUUGCUAAUGCAGAUAAAGCUUAUUUGAGGCAGAAUGAGACUAAACUUUGACUGACAUUUCUUUAGUCACUUAAUGCUCAUUUGGUUUCUCAUCACUCCCUACAGAAUUGCGUACUGUUGACUUCUUGUCCAUGGGUCAUAGGCAGACAGUUUUUGUACGAUAGGCAUUGAUAUAUGUAGCUCCUGUGCAUAGUUGUAUAAUUACCAAGGCCUAUAUUAAACAGGUGGUAGUGCCCUAUCUUGUGGGUUUUGCCUGUCUUUUGUUUGGUCGUUUAGUGAUAGUAUACAUGUUUGUUCAGAUGUAACAGUGGUGCAUGUUGUCACCAGUUACAUGUACUUGAACCAUCUUAACCAUUGCUAACCUGCAGUUUAGAAAUGCUUUUUUCUUUUCA